AUGAGUACGACGGAGACAUCCAAGCGCCGGCGGUCGGACCGAUAUACCUCUCCAGGCUAUGAUUCCGGCUCAGACCGGGAGCACGACUCAAAAUCCCGCAAGAAGUCGAACAGGGACCAUAAGUCGUCCUCCCGCGACGAUGAGAAGUCGCGAAGAUCAAAGAGUGAGAAAAAGUCAAAGCGACGGGAAGAGCGAUCGAACGACGAAGAUGAAUCGGAGGACGAUGAUCAGGCGAAGCGACAUGGACAGAGAAAGUUAAGCGAGGACGAUUAUUUUGCGAAGUCGACCGAAUUCCAAACGUGGCUGCGGCUUGAGAAGAAGCAGUAUUUUGAGGAGUUGAGUGGAAAGGAGGCGAGGAGCUUGUUUGAAAAGGUGUGCAUGGGGACCAGUCGGGAGUUUGUGAAGCGCUGGAAUAGGGGAAAACUCGAUAAAAAGUACUACGAAGGAAUCGCCUCGUCCGAAGUUCCGGCGGCGGAUCGUACGAAGCACCAAUGGAAGUUCAAAAAUCUGGCUCAGGAAGAGCUAGUGAGCGCCCGCGAUUCCGUCGACUCGCUGACACAAUCAUCGCAGCUGUUCAAUCGGCCAAUGACCAGGGAGGAGGCUAAGAGCAAUGCCAUUGCGGCACGGGCCAGAACAGCUUUAGAACGCGACAAUGAUUUGGACCGCCAAGAAGACGAUCGCAAUCGACAACGUCGUGAAAAUCGGGACAUGCGCAAGAACAAUGAGGUUGUGAUGGACGAGCUCUUGCCCAAAGCAACUGGAAGAGAAGCGCAAAUCGAGAAACGUCGAGCACAGAAUGCUUACCACAAGCAAGAGCGCGAUGUUGAUGUUGAAUUGAACGACGCUGAUCUACUGGGUGGAGGUAGUCGUGGCGCGGGAGACACGAGUUUAGAGUCCGUGCGGAGACAGCAGGCGCGGCGAGAGGAGCGGCGAAACGCGUUCAGGGAUGAGAAGGCGAGUGCCAUGGCGGGCAAGGUGCAAGCGUACGCCGCCAAAGAGGAUGCCACAAUGGCGAUGUUCAAGCAGAUGGCGCAGAAUCGGUUUGGGGGUGGUGGUGGCCCUUCGUAG